GAGACCUAUGCCUUUCUACCAAGAGAAGCGGUGACACGAUUUCUAAUGAGCUGUUCAGAGUGCCAGAAAAGAAUGCAUUUAAACCCAGAUGGAGCAGAUCAUAAAGAUAAUGGAAAACCCCCAACUUUGGUGACCAGCAUGAUUGAUUACAAUAUGCCAAUCACAAUGGCCUACAUGAAGCACAUGAAGCUGCAACUAUUACAUUCCCAACAAGAUGAGGAUGAAAGCUCCAUAGAAAGUGAUGAAUUUGAUCUGAGUGAUUCCACCAGGAUGUCUGCUGUAAACUCUGACCUCAGUUCAAAUCUCGAAGAAAGAAUUCAAAGUCCCCAGAAUCUUCAGAGCCAGCAAGAUGAUGAUUCAGCUGCAGAGAGUUUUAACGGCAAUGAGACUGCAGGACACAAUUCCAGUGCUUCAGGGGGAACACACUGCAGGGAAGUGGCAGAAGUCAACAGUAAUGGCAAAACAACUCUGGAACCGGAUGACCAGCCUCUGAACUUGAGUGACAGCCCCUUCUCUACUCAGCUCACUUCAGAAUACAGGUUAGAUGACCAAAGCAGUGAUGGAAAGAACAAGUACAAGAACAUCCUAGUAUCUGAUCUUAAGAUGGAGCAAGAGGCAAAAGAAAAUGGAAGCAAGUCACCUGCCCAUAGCUAUUCAAGCUAUGAUUCUGGAAAGAAUGAAAGCAUGGACAGGGGUGUUGAAGAUCUCUCUCUAAACCGUGGAGAGGAAGACGAAGAUGACCAUGAUGAUCAUGAAGAUGCUGAGAAGGUUAAUGAGUCUGAUGGAGUAGAAGCUGAACGUCUGAAAGCUUUUAAUAUGUUUGUCAGGCUGUUUGUAGAUGAAAACUUGGACCGAAUGGUCCCAAUCUCUAAGCAGCCCAAAGAAAAGAUCCAGGCUAUCAUUGACUCAUGCAGGCGACAAUUCCCUGAGUACCAAGAGCGUGCCAGAAAACGUAUACGUACUUACCUCAAGUCCUGCAGGCGGAUGAAAAGGAGUGGUUUUGAGAUGUCACGGCCCAUUCCGUCCCACCUUACUUCAGCAGUAGCAGAGACUAUCCUAGCUUCAGCUUGUGAAAGUGAAAGCAGAAACGCUGCAAAGCGGAUGCGAAUGGAUCGUCAGCAGGAUGAGACUGCUCCAGCUGAUAAACCAUAUAAACAGGAACCAACCCAGGUCACUUACUCAACAUCAGCUGUUUCCAGCACACAGGAGGUGCUGUACAUAAAUGGAAAUGGGACCUACAGUUACCAUAGUUACAGAGGGCUAGGAGGAGGUUUGCUAAAUCUCAGUGAUGCUUCUACCAGUGGUCCAACUGAUCUCAGUAUGAAGAGGCAGUUAGCAACCACUUCUGGAUCUUCUAGUAAUACCAGCUCUAGACCUCAGCUGAAUCCAACUGAAAUUAAUGCAGUACGGCAACUGGUUGCAGGGUACCGAGAAUCAGCUGCUUUUUUAUUGCGUUCAGCAGAUGAACUAGAAAACCUUAUUUUGCAGCAGAACUGAGACUGGUGAUGAUCCUGCUGACCUAGUUUUAUCACAAAAUUUCCACUAAUGACAUUUUGAUUUCCCAGAGCAAAUCUUUUAGUUACUGCACAGUCUUGUUAACGAGUUAAUUACCAUAAUGCCACACUGUUCUUGGUGUUUUUGGUGUGUUAGGGUUCUUCAAGUGAACUUGGACCUCCAAAAUGUCUGAGGUAUUCUACUAUAUCCAGCCUAUUGCUUAAUGUGCAUUUGUUCUAGUGUGUCAGCAUCAGUAGCAAAAAGUGGCUGGAAAUGUUAACUCGUUCUAACAUGGACAGAAACAGAAGAUACAUGGGGUUUUAAAAUUGGUCCAGAAUCAAAGUGCAAUAUUAGUGGAAUGUGUUAUUGACUCAGUGGACUCCAAGCUGCAUUAAAUGGCAAAAUGUUGCCAGAUGCCCUGUUGUUAACAGGAUACAAUUGCAAUGAAAAGGAUCUUGUAUUUUAAAGAAAAUGUAAUUUUUAUAGAAAAAAACAAGACAAAAUUUUUGCUUCUCAUUCUAAAUUGAUCAUUUUUACUUUGGUAAAUUUUUCACUGAUUUUUCAAGUAAUGUUUUGAGGAGUUAUUGUAGGUCCUCUUUUCUGAAAUACCUAUCUCCCUCUCCAAGCCACAUUCAUUCAGCACUGAGUACCUUUUCUUGCUGGUCAGCCCCAUUCCCUGGUGGAUCCCUCCACAAAUAUCUCUGGAAUGACUUCCAAAAAGGAAGCAGACAUUUCUUAUGCUUGCACCAUUUUCAUCUCCAUUUCAUAAUGAGUUGCAACUUUAUUAGCAAUUAAUAAAGAUGUAAGGGUUAUUUUUAAAAGACAUAUCAUUACUUUUUUUAAGGUGAUUUCCGGCAAGCUAGCUCAUUUAACUCCAGGAUUGCUGCUGCUGUCUUGUACAAGUCCUUCUAGUAGUGAAUGGAUGUAGAUGAUUGAAUGUGAAGAGGUUGCAAGUGACAAUCGGAAAAUUUGCACUCUUGUGUGUAUUUAUUUCUUUUUAUUUCUUUUAAAAUGAAUAUGUAACUGAAAAGGGCCAUUGACACUUCUGGUGUGAUUUUAUAAUGCUAAUACUGAACUGUUUAAAAAAUUGUAAAGGAUGCAGCUGCCACUUAAAUAAAAUUCCCUUCUCCUGACAUCCCUAAACCCCAUUUCUUAUUUUAUGAUGUCAAAUAUGCAUCAAUGGUGUUUCGUUGUGCGCUAAGGAAACCUUAUUUUUAUGUAAUUAGAGAGAAGUAUUUUAGUUUAUGCUUAUUGUAAUAUCUGUUAUGUUGGUUAGCUUUUGUUAAAUAACAAGUUCCUUGUGCAUUCCUGAAUUUGCCUUAUUUUGUGUACAAUUUUUAUGUACUUUGGUUUUUGACAAUGGAUUUAAGACAUUGGUGAUAUUUUCUAUCUACUUGUUACAUAUAGUUUUUCAAGUAAUGACUGUGAUUGUGACAAAGUAAUGUGCACUUUUUCUUGUAACUGUGGACAUUGCUAUGCUUUUUUCCCUUUAGUGUUUUUAGAAUUACUGUUGCUUACAGUUAUGUUUUAAAAAAACACAACUUUUGUGAUACUGUUGGUGAAUAUCAAUGUGAAAAAGCCUAUUGAAAUGAGUGUUUUGGAGAAACCUAAAUACACAAAACCUUUUCUUUACACUGUGGACUCGUAUGUUAACAAAUUUAAAUGAAAUUUUAAAAAACGAGGGCUAGGAAAAAUCCUCUGUUUUCUUUCAGUAAAUAAACAUCUGUGUUUCAAUAUGUUCUUGAGAAACAAUGUUUUAGCAUACUCCAAGGUCAGUCUUUUGUGAAUGCUGCUUUCUUUCGGUGCUGUUUAAAAUCCAGUUUAUACAAAUUGCAGAGGAUAGUUUCCAAAGGUAUACUGGUUAGAUAGGCCUGCCGUGCAUAAAUCUUGCAGGCAGGAUUGGCUGGUAUCCUGUUCAGCAAUUAUACAAUGUUGUAAGUCUGACUUGCCACAUUGCAAUCCAUUUUUAUGGUCU